CGCGAAGCAGCUGAGCGAUAGCUCUUCGAUCGCUAUAUUCUUGCAAUAGCGAAGGCAUGGUUCAUCCUCUAAAAAAUAGUAGAUGCGAAGGUUCGGAUCGAAGAUCUUCGCGAGACGGCCCAAGCGAAGAUCGGCACUCGAUUGAGGAGCAGCCCUCAAAAAAAGGGAAAGACGCGGAGACGGCAGACUCGCCAGUCAAGCAAACCGUUAAGGCUGACUACAGCAGACCGGGGGUUCCAAUUCCUCUUUUCCCGUUUCAAUUCCCGGGAGUGAAUGUAGGACGUGCAGACGGUGCAUAAAGUGUGAACAUUCAACCAAAAGCGUUUUAAGGGAGUUGACUCGCUAAAGCUAUGCUUUUGUUUACACGCUAAAGCUAUGCUUAUGGAAGACCUUCGAAAAAAAUAUUGAACCGGGAAGAAAAAGGGGAAAAGUCAAGUCUAAGCAUAUAUGGCACGAAAAGGAAAUCCGAUUUCGGUAAGACUUGAUCUGAAUCGUAGUUCGGAUUCAAGUUGGUUUAGUGAUUAUUAUUAUGGUAAAUUAGUAUAUCAAGAUAUCAAUCUGAGAUCUUAUUUUGGUUCGAUACGUCCACCUACGAGACUUACCUUUGGCUUUCGCCUCGGUAGGUGUAUUAUUAUACAUUUUCAAAAAACAACAUUCAUUAAUUUCUUUCUUCCUCGUCGACCACAACGACGGAAACGACGCACAAAAUCCAGACCCGGAAAGAAGAAGGGCCGGUGGUGGGAAUUGGGGAAAGUCGGGCCAAUCGAGUGUCUUUAUUCAAGCGAGGGUAGAAAAGAAGAACCAAACGAAGUGAGAGGCCGAAGGGCCGGGAAAAGAGUCGGGUCGAUCAGGCUCGACGACCAGAAAAAGCAAAACGAAAUCAGGGUUUGGCCAAAAAAGAAGCAACGCUAUGGAUACCAUGACCGAUCACCAUCGAUAAAGAAGAAUCUUUCUAAAUCACUUCGAGUCAGCGGGGCCUUCAAGCAUCCGAAAUACGCCGAGGUUGUAAAUGACAUAGCCUUUCUGAUAGAAAAUGAUGAUUCCUUCAAAAAAACGAAGUUAUUCAAGUUCUUUUUCCCCAAGAAGUCCCGCUACGACGGCCCGACAAGACAUCUACUUAAAAGGACCCUCCCUUCAGCGCGCCCUUCCUUGAAUUAUUCGGUCAUGCAAUACUUAUUGCAUACAAAGAACAAAAUUCAUUUCGAUCCCGUCCUAGUUCUCAAUCAUUUCGUGGCACCGGGCGUGGUUGAGCCAUCCACGAUGAAGAGAGCUAAUACGCAGGGAAGACGCUUAGAUAAGAGAAUACGUUCUCGCAUCGCUUUUUUUUUGGAAAGCUCGACCAGCGAUAAAAAGUGUUUGGCCGAAGCCAAAAAGAGGUUGACCCACUUCAUUCGCCAAGCGAAUGAUCUUCGCUUCGCGGGAAGAAGAAAAACCGCCAUCUCGCUCUUUCCUUUCUUCGGUGCUACCUUUUUCUUUCCAAGGGAUGGAGUUAGAGUUUAUAAAGCCCUCUUUUUUAAAGAUGCCCGGGAACAACUCCUAGGUCAAUUAAGGAGAAAAUGUUGGAACCUCUUGGGUAAGGAUAAGGUAAUCAAAUUGAUAGAAAAAUUCAUAGAUCUAGGUGGGAUAAGAGAAUUGAUAAAGGGAAUAGAGAUGAUGAUAGAGAUCAUACUGAAAAACAGAAGAAUUCCUUACGGGUAUAACUCUUAUUUGAACGAAGUGAAAAAAAUGCGAUCUUUGUUGUCUAAUAGAACAAACACUAAUACCUUAAUUGAAUCGGUCAAGAUCAAAUCUGUUUAUCAAAGUGCUUCUUCGAUUGCUCAAGACAUAUCUUUUCAACCGAAAAAGAAAAGAGGAUCAUUUCGUUCUAUUUUUAGUAAAAUAGUGAAAAAGAUUCCAUUAGUAAUGAAAAAGGGGGUAGAGGGGAUCCGUAUAUGUUGUUCAGGUCGAUUAGAAGGUGUAGAAAUUGCUAGAACUGAAUGCGGAAAGUAUGGAAAAACAUCCUGUAAUGUAUUACACCAGAAAAUUGAUUAUGCUUCUGCGGAAGUAUCUACUCGUUACGGAAUCGUAGGUGUCAAAGUGUGGAUUUCUUAUAGUAAAAAAGAAAAAGGACGUGCUAUAUCCGAAACGUAAAAAAUAGAGUCAAUCUCGUAAAGGCGGAUGUAGUAGAGGUUGCAAACCGGACGGUACACAACUUGGAUUGCUCGUGUGUCCACGGGACAAAUCCCAUUUUUAAUGUAUGGUGCGAGUUUGUAAAAUGCUCGACAAGCCCAACAAGUGGUCGAUGGAAAGAGAUAAGGAAAUGAAUACGGCUCAAGACUAAGAAAUCGGCAGAAGGCCGAUCUUCGUUCUAAGAUAGAGCCUCUUCUCACCAUGGAGAGGGCCCGUCGUGACCUUUUCAAUUUCCUCCCGAAGCCCGCGAGCAGUACGAGCUCGACCGGGAAAAACAAAGAAAAAGAUUCGAAGGCGGGGCGGGCGAAUCUUUUUCUUUGUUUUUAGGAGUUGGCAGGCUCCCGACCCGCAGAUGUAGGGA